AUGGCAUCUGUUCUUCAGAUUAAUGUUCCAAAUCGAGAAUUAAAUCUCAUGGCUUAUCCUGACUUUGCGGGUGGGGAUCAAGUUACCAUGAUCUGGUUGGAUGAAUUUCAGAUGCUGACUCUUGAAGAAAAAUGGUUUGCACAGCUUGCUACAAAAAAACAACAAAUUAAUAAGGAUUUCGAUACCUACUAUACAGCCAUUCAAGAGCUUUUUCCUGAAAUUGUUUUGGCCAUCACUUCUUCUACUCCAAAUACUCUUCAGGCCACCUAUGAACGAGCAAAGGCUUAUAAGAGUGCUUGUAAACAAAGCUUUCCACACUUUCCAGUUUCUAUUAAUGCUCUCUAUUCUUCUCAAAUUCCUUUAAAUACAGCUCUCGGUUUUCCUACAUCAAUCACCACCUCUGAAUCUGCCAUUAAAAAAUUAACAAAGGUGGUUAAUAAGAUGCUUAUCCAAUUACAGAAUAGGAAUUGCUGUACCUCCAUCUCUAUUAAUUCCUCUUCACCAAAUCCAAAUUCAACAGGUCCACUGAAGCCUUACACUCUUCUCACCCUUGCUGCUAGUUUAAACCCUUCUAAUAACCAAUAUGAUCAGCAUACCUAUGUUAGUAUUACUGUAGAAGAUGUUCCUUUAUUUGCUAUCAAAUCCCAUAAAAUCUGUCAGUCUAAACAUAAGAGGCAAGAGGAGGUUGAUUUAGAGUUAGUAGCGGAAGAACCCUUAGAACAAUUGUUGGAAAGAGAAAAAGAGAAACAAGCCGAAAGAAAAGUACCUGAAGAUGAAAUGCUGCAAAUUGCCUCUUUAGUCCCUCUGUAUUCUAUUAUAACUGAUUUGCAGAACAAGCCAGCCAAUAUUACUAUUGGCCAACUCCUUUGUGCUGUGCCAUCUAUGAGGACAGAAUUAAUCAAGAGUCUUCAUAAAAAGAAAGCUUCUACAAAAAGAAAGGCCAAAGUUAAUAUUAAUAUUUGCCCCCAAAAAAAAUCUAUCAUCUUAUACUGUGAUGCCCAGAUUUUAGGAGAAACUAUUCCUUUAAUAGUUGACAGUGGUUCUUUAGACAGCGUUGUAUCCUCUUAUUUGUUAUGA